AUGCAAUACAUGGCGCCAUGGGUUCCAGCGUUUACCAAUGCAGUGACGAGACAAUUAGAAUCAAAUCAAUUACCAUUUAUCACCUGCUCUUUUGCUACAGUUGAUUCAAAUGGUUCACCAAGAGUUAGAACAUGUAUCUAUAGGGGAUUUGUAUUUGAUGAUAAAAAGACAAAUGUUAUAACAUUAACAACUGAUAUAAGGAUGGAAAAAUAUGAACAUUUAACUUCAAAUCCAAAAUUUGAAACAUGUUUUUGGUUUCCAACUACAAAUGAACAAUUCAGAAUAAGUGGUAAUGCCAAAAUAUUGACCACUUCAAAUACUGAAACCUUCAGUCAAGAAUUGGGUGAAUAUCCAUUAGUUUCACCAACAGCAUUAAAACAAUAUUCAUCAAGUUUAGAUUUAUCAAAUCAUGAAAAUCAUCAUAAUAGCAUACAUGAUUUGAAACCAUCUGCACAAGAAUGGGAAGCUGAAUUGAAAAAUAAAUGGGAAUCAUUAUCAAGAAAUUUGAAAUCAAGUUUUAGAAAACCAGAUCCAGGUUCUGUCUUAACUCCUGAAAAGCAAAAAUUAUUAGAUUCUAUAUCAAGAGGUGUUGAUGGAUCAAAUGAAAUUGAUGGUACCAAAAAUUUUGGCCUUGUGCUAUUAUUACCUGAAAAUGUUGAUUAUGUGAAUUUAAAUGGCCACCAAAGUCGUUACAAACAUGAUAGAGUUGAUGAAGACCAAUGGGAUGAAACUGAAAUAUGUCCAUAG